CAAGCCGUCCAGAGAAGGGAGGAGGGAAGGAAGGAAGGGGAGGAAGGAAGGAAGAGAGGAAGGAGGGCAGUCUCUCUACUACAAGAUGACGCGUUCGCCUCUUUAUUCCGGGAGCGUCGGUUCAUUCUCUUUUAUUAUUAUGAUGAUUAUUUUUCCUACUUUACUUCACGGAUUAAGAGCGACUGUUAAAUGACAACCGAAGUUAUCCGCGAUUGGUUGAUACCUGGGGCGACGUGCCACGCCUCGGUUUAGCGCAACAGUGGCAGAAAACCAGUGAAAACAACACUGAUGUACGAGGGCUUACAGAGGAGCUACUACAGCAACACAGAAAAGCUCCUCUCCACAGCUGGCCAAAUGGGGUGCAAAUGCUGCAGGAUGAUAAAAAGUUACAUCUAUGACCCCACCAUUACGGUAGAUGGGAGGAAGAGCGACUCUUCGGGUGGCUCUCUGUAUCAGCCCCACCUCGUCUCGGGCGAGGCCCCCAGCAGCCACAACAAGCCUAUGCAUGGCUUCCACAACCUGGGCUACAGCAAGUCCAACGACGGCACCCUCAAGCUGGAGGUGGACAACAACCAGGUCAACCGGCUGCACGCCGCUCACGCUGUCCCGCAGAGGGAGCUCCAUCGGCAGGCGAGCAUCCCUCCAGCAGACGGUGGCCUGUAUAUCAUCCAGCCGGCAGCUCCCGAGCCAAAGUGGAUGAUGCAGAAAACAGGGCCCAGCCAGGUGCCCAUUUACCCCAACACGCAGGAGUACGUAUGCCCCUCUCCAUACGACCACCCGGAUGGGAUGUGCAACUACCCCAACGGAGGGCAGAGGAUGACCAGGAGCAGCUGGGAAUCGUCGCUCGACGUCGGGGGCAGGUCGGGGAGCGACAGCCUGUCGGUGGACGAGAUUGAUGAGGGCGUGGGGGGGACGCCGGAGUACCCCUGCGACACGGGGGAUGAAGGUAGCAUCCUCUCGGGGGACAUCCACACCAGCACCACCAGCAUGUCCUCAGCGGACACAAGAGACGACCGCCAGGGGCUUAAGACUCCAGACGUGUCCACCGUGGAGAGCGGGAUCUCGGUGACCAAGAGCGAGGAUGAGGAGGAGGAGGAGAGGGACAACGAGGUGGAGGAGGAAGUGCGGAGUGUCACGGACUCGAUGGUGGCGGAGGCUCUAGCGGCGUUGGAGGCAGCCACCGCCGGGGAGGACUGUGAGUGACAGCCUCCUUUUGCUGGCAAAUGAUUGUGAGGAUUUACAAUGAUGGCAUCGUUUUUUUGGAUGGGGACUUGAGACGGACUUUUUAGUCCGUCUCAAGUCCCCAGGAUUAAAAAUCACCACAAGACUCAGCCACAACAACCAAUCACAGAUCUAGACUGUAUAUACCUAUGUUCUGACAACAUGAAAUGAAUCCAGGAAAACUGUUUACAACAAAACAUUUGAGUUCGAGUCCUUGAUUUUUGGAUAAACUUUACAGUCACGGAUAGACAAUAAGUGUCUGCCUCGUGUAAGACAGCAAUUGUCAAUGCCACAAUAUUGAAGAAAAGUCACACAAAUGCAGACAUCUGUUUGUAGACUGCGAAUAUCAUCUUCAGCCAUAGAAACCCGCUCAAAAAUCCAUUAGAAACCAGUGUGGUAUACACUCCUCGGUCUGCCUGACAUACUUUUUAAGCUGAUUUGCCAAUAACAGUACUGCCAAUGUUCAGAUCUUAGUAGUAGACAGCAUAUGAAGAAUUCUACCCUUCUAUCCGUCUGUCUGUCUACCACAUCUAUUGCUUUGUAUUUGGCACAUCCAUUUGAAAAAGAAACCAACACCUGAAUUUUAUCAUACAUCUCCACAAGAUGGAGAAUUCAUUGUGUGAAUCCAUUAUCAUUCUAAUAGCCAAGGCCUAUUGCCCUGUUAACAGGACCAUGAUCUGUCUCUGCUUCGGGCUAUCAAUCACUUGUGUCAACACAGAUCACUUGCAUCAGAUGGGUUUUUCUCAUUUUGCUCCUCCUCUUCGUGUCCGUGCAUGCUCUUCUAUUUAUUUGGACUCGGUGUUUUGAACGGCGAGCGUUCAACGCCACACGUGUCUUUUCAACGUCUCUCAGGGGAGUCCGCCGUCGCUCCGCUGAGCAAGUGACGGCUAAAGGUCGUCUCAUCAUUUUUUUUCCUUUUUUUUUGCACGCUGCCUGUGCUGUUUUCUCUGUUUUUGUAUUCUCUGUUUUGUUUGUGGGGUUUUUUUUCAUUUGUGAUCCAUGACAUCUUCACCCCACUGCAUAAUCCCUGGAACGUUAUUCAAUCGACUGGAGUCUUAUUUAUAGAAAAUCAGCUUGUGUGUCAGUAACAAUUUCCGACAGUAGAUGUUACGAUGGCGGUCAUUUCACCAUUUUAACAUCGAUCUUGGACGUGACAGAAGUUAGUUUGCAUACUAUUGGUAUGAAAUAUGCCAAGGUUUUGUAUUAUAACUGCAAACUUUGAUGCAAAGAUUAUUUUUCUAUUGUUAAUAUGCAGCUGUCUGUACAGAAUGAGUGUGAGAAGCUUUUUUUGUAAGUAACUCAUAUUAUAUAUAUACACACACACGCAUAUCAUAAAUAGCAGCCAUGGUAUGUCAGGGAAAAGCAGAAAGGAGCUGGUACUGUAUGCACAUACAACUACAAUCCAAAUCCUAACAAGGUCCUUAAUGCACAGUUAAAUAAGACAGAGGGUGCCUGUGCACCAGAUUGAUUUCCACUUUGUGGUUAAUUCUCCUACACUUUUCACCUCACAUAGACUUUGACUCUCUCUUGCAUAGUAUCUAAUGUGAAGAGUUUGACUCCAGCCAAGACCAGUUGAGUUUCAAACCGUGCCUAAUGAACCACUAUGGGCGUAUCUGUCCGCCCUGUCCGUUGCCUUUUUACUUCAUCCUUACUUCAUUGUUGUGCAGUUUCAGGGUCUGUCAGUUGUCCAGCCGGUGACAUUAGUUCAAACUGGGACUUUAUGUCUUAUACUUUAAAUUGAACUAAUUGAGGCAGGAUGGCACAGAAGAAAAAAAAAAGGAAAAACAAAGACUUACAUUCACUCAGUGGCCCUUUAAGACUGCUUGUGAGUCGUUUGCAUAAUGAACAUUCUUCCAGUGAGAGUCUUUUUUUUCUACUGUGGUUUCCUUUUCAGCCCUUGUUUGCCAGCCAGAAUCAUUUCUACUCAUUUUCUUUGUAUUGUAACAAUCAAGAAAUGUGUUUUGAAAAUGUGAGUUGCAUCAAACUGUGGUCUCCACUACCAAAUUACUUUUAGCCGAAUAUAAAAAUGAAACUACGUGAAUGCUAACACAGAUAUUGUGUUUUGUUUUUUUGUGUAAAAAGCCUUUGUGAGGUAUGCAUCUGUCACACUAACAGACAUGUGAUCGCAGAAUACAACGAUCCAUCUACCUUUGUGUGUGUGCAUGUGUGUGUCUGUACAUGUUAGAUGUUAGAUGAUGGUAUUGAUUUUAUAAUCAAUAACAUCUACCUACCAUCUAUUUAUCCAUGUAUCUGUCACCCUGUUUGUUUAGUCAUUAGACUGAGGUGUUUAUUUUAUGUUUUUGUAAUAAAUUCAUGGUUAUCGAGUUCAUUCGGCCGUUAAAAAAACGAUUAAAAAUGCAAUAAAUAAGUGGUUAA